UUUAACACAUUUUGUUUUUUUUUCCUUUAGGAAACUCUUCCUUCUCAUACUUGCAAUAUGCAUGGCUCUGGGUGCUGCACAGAUACCAGAACAAGGCAUAGAUAUUCUUCACCAGUUAGGUCUUGGGACAGAUGCACAACAUUCAUCUACAGCGACUACAGUGCCAUUAUCAUCUGCUCCAUUACCUCAGGGGGUUCGCCUAACAACAUCAGGAGUUCUUUUGACCAGUGAUGCCCACAUUGAAUCCCCCAUCACUCAAGUCAUACCAUCAAAUCUGGGGCAUCAGCUCACAAUACUGAUUGGGUUGCACUCUUUCAGAGUCAAUAAUGCUUUUCUUUUCAGUAUUAGAAACAAAAAUAGACUAUGGUUUGGUAUACAGUUGCUACCAAGAAAGGUAGCAGUAUAUAUAGGGGGGAAGGCCUCAGUAUAUUUUGAUUACAGUGUUCAUGAUGAAAAAUGGCAUUCAUUUGCUAUUGACAUUAGAGACAAGACUGUCUCAAUGUUUGCUGAUUGUGGAAAGAAGUAUUACAGCAGGGAAACACUUUCUAAAGUGCAGGCAUUUGAUUUAGAUGGUUUGUUUACCUUGGGAAGGAUGAACUCUCAUUCUGUCAGCUUUGAAGGAGUAAUAUGUCAGUUGGAUAUUAUCCCGUCUGCACAAGCCUCUGCAAACUAUUGUAAAUAUGUGAAGAAACAAUGUCGUCAAGCUGAAACAUACCGAUCUCUGCUGGCAGUUCCCCACACAUCAGCUGAGGUCUACGUAAACUUUCCAAGCAAACCAUCUGAUGAAAAAAUGGAGUCAGAACAUAUAUCAUCUUAUUUAAGAAAGAAAGCAUCACAUCUUCCUGUUAACAAUACUGGAAUAGUCCAUAAUCCACCAGAAUCCAAGGAGUCAACAAAUAUCUCUUCAACAGAACUUGCUAAAUCUGAACCCCCGCCCAUCAAAACUAGACCUAAAAUUAGUAUCCAGGAAAAUUUUAGUCUGGUAUUUCAUCAAAAAGACCUGGACAGAAAGAGGCAUGACACCAAAAAAAUGCCCAAAUUGUAUCCAAAUAUUUCAGAUAAUGGCACAGAAGAUGCAGGCACAAACAAGGAGCCCCUCCUGGUCUCUUCUGUAUAUCACAGUAAAAUGAAAAACACAGGAAAGGAUAACGAAGUGGAGCAGCAUUUUGAUGAACCUGUGGAAAUACAGCAAAUUUUAAACACAACUCUGUACAGGGAUAGUGUGGACUCAGCCUUGGAUAACCAGUUUAAUCCGUGGAGGGAAGAUGCAAUUGAUGCUGAUGAGUCUUACAAUGCAGAAAAUAGUUAUGAUAUUGAUACUGACAGUUAUGCUUAUAACUAUGAAGAUCUUGAAAAAAUGUUUGAAAUGGAAGACAUGAGAGGCCCAAAAGGGGAAACUGGGCCUCCCGGUCCUCCAGGUCCUCCAGGUUUACCUGGCCCAUCAGGGAAGAGAGGUCCAAGGGGUGUUCCAGGACCACAUGGUAAUCCAGGUUUGCCAGGGUUGCCUGGUACAAAGGGCCCUAAAGGAGAUCCAGGGUUUUCCCCAGGGCAAGCAAAACGUGGAGAAAAGGGUGACAUGGGUCCAAUUGGUUUACUAGGUCCACCUGGUAAUACAGGUGAGAAGGGUCCCAAAGGCUAUCCAGGACUACUGGGUCCACAGGGUGAGCAGGGAAUUCCAGGAAUGGCUGGCAAUAAUGGAGCAGUUGGUUACCCUGGCAGGCAGGGUUUAGCCGGACCAGAAGGUAACCCAGGUCCUAAAGGUGUAAGAGAAAACACCAUGUAUGACAAGGGUUUCAUUGGAUCUCCAGGUGUAGCAGGACAGCCUGGACCUGAAGGAGAAAGGGGUAUUCCAGGGCUGCGUGGAAAAAGGGGUCCCAAAGGGAGACAGGGUUUUCCAGGUGAAUUUGGAAACAGAGGACCCCCUGGUCCAGAUGGGAGUCCUGGAAUUGUUGGUGGUGUAGGACCUCCUGGAUUUCCAGGGCUGAGGGGUGGCAUGGGGCCUGCGGGACCUAGUGGACCUUCUGGAAUUCCUGGGCCAAUGGGACUCCCAGGAAGUAUGGGACAACCCGGAAUGAAAGGUGAUAAGGGUGAACAAGGCAUUGCAGGAGAUCUGGGAGACCAGGGGUAUCCAGGAGACAAGGGUGCUGUUGGUUUGCCAGGACCACCAGGGAUCCGAGGAAAGCCUGGACAACCUGGGAAAACUGGAGAACCUGGACCCCAGGGGCCAUCGGGUCCUCCUGGGCCUGAGGGUUUUCCAGGAGACAUUGGUGUACCUGGACUAAAUGGUCCUGAAGGUCCCAAGGGACUUCUAGGUGACCGAGGGCCUCCAGGGCCACCUGGCCCCAAGGGAGUUGAGGGAGAAGAAGGACCAGUUGGACCUGUUGGAGGAGUUGGACCAAGAGGAAGGUCAGGUCAGAAAGGAUAUGCAGGGGAAGCAGGACCAGAAGGCUUGAAGGGAGAACAAGGGGAUCAAGGAAGCCUUGGAAAAACUGGUGAAGCCGGAUCUGUGGGUUUACCUGGAGAAACUGGACCAGCUGGAAAUCCUGGUGAAAAGGGGGAGCGGGGCAGCCCAGGACCAGUGGGCCCUCCUGGAGAGAAAGGUGUCAUGGGGUAUCCAGGACCUCCCGGUGGCCCUGGGCCUGUAGGUCCACAAGGACUGCCUGGUCCUUCAGGCGCAAGAGGACCUCCUGGGCUACAGGGACCUAAAGGAAGAAGAGGACCAAGAGGUCUUGAUGGUCCUCCAGGAGAGCCAGGGACACAAGGUAUUAAGGGAGAAAGAGGUGAUCCAGGGAAAAAGGGCAUUCAUGGACUUAUUGGCAAAGCUGGAAACCCUGGAGAACGAGGAAAUCAGGGAGUACCAGGUUUGCCUGGGCCCCCUGGAAGCCUAGGAGACAGAGGUCCUGUGGGAGAGCCAGGCUCGAGAGGACAACAAGGUGAUGCUGGCCCAGCUGGGGAAAUGGGAUUUGAGGGACCUCCUGGCCCUGAAGGGGAGCCUGGCCUGCCAGGAGAACCAGGUGAAAAGGGAGACAUCGGACCUGCUGGUAAGGCUGGUGAACCUGGAGAACAAGGUUUAAGGGGUGGACCAGGACCUCCAGGAGAAGAUGGUAGUCAAGGGAUAGAUGGCUCAAAGGGUGAUUCUGGAGACCGAGGACAAGCUGGAGAGGAUGGUGAAAAAGGAGAAACAGGAAUACCGGGAAUUACAGGUCCCCCUGGUGAACCUGGCAUAAUGGGCACUCCAGGUCCAGAAGGUACUCCAGGAAAUCCAGGUCAAAGAGGUCGUCCAGGGAAAAAGGGGGAGAAGGGCCAGCUAGGACCCUCAGGAGAGACUGGACUCCCAGGAGAUCCUGGCCAACCUGGAGAAAUUGGUCCUAAAGGUGCAAGAGGAACUAGAGGUCCAUUGGGACAUUUAGGAGUAAUGGGACCUGAAGGAGAGCCAGGAAUUCCAGGUUAUGAGGGUCACAAGGGUCUACCAGGACCACCUGGCCCUCCAGGCCCCAAAGGAGAAAAGGGUUACCCAGGUGAAGACAACACAGUACUGGGACUACCUGGGCCCAUAGGUGAACCAGGUCCUAGUGGUGAACAUGGAGAUAGAGGAGAACCUGGUGAUGAGGGCUACAAGGGUCAUGUGGGUCUUCCCGGACUAAGAGGAGCUAUUGGACAACAAGGGCCUCCAGGUGAACCAGGUGAACUGGGAGAACAAGGACCAAAAGGAGAGAGAGGUUCAGAAGGUCCUACCGGAAAAAAAGGAAUGUCUGGUCAAGCUGGGAAAACUGGAAUUCCAGGAAAACCAGGCUCACCUGGGCAGAAAGGUGCAACUGGAUACCCUGGAAUAGAGGGCAUUCCUGGAAAUCCUGGGAAGCCUGGCCUACAGGGGAAACCUGGCCUUCAGGGUAACGCUGGAAGCCCAGGAGUUCCAGGACUGGCGGGGUACCCUGGAACCCAGGGACCAAAGGGAUUUCCAGGCUUGCCAGGUGCUACUGGAGCACCAGGACUGAAGGGUGAGAAAGGGCUUCAAGGUCAUCCAGGGAAACAAGGUAAAAGAGGCCUUCCAGGGGCACCAGGUGACCAAGGCCCACCUGGAGAUUCUGGGCUGAAAGGGCAGGCUGGGGAACAUGGAAAACAAGGUUUGAUGGGGCUUCAAGGAUUCCCAGGUCCAAAAGGUCCUUCAGGAGACAUUGGUUUGACUGGGAUUCUGGGUCCUAAAGGUCCUAUUGGCCAAAUUGGAUCCAUGGGGCCCACUGGUCAAGAAGGUAUAAUUGGCCCAGCAGGCAGGCUGGGACCUAGGGGUGAAAAGGGCACAAGGGGUGAAAUUGGUCCUCAAGGACCGAAGGGUCAUCCAGGUCCGCCUGGUCUACCUGGACCACCUGGGCCCAGAAAACAAAUGGACAUCAAUGCUGCUAUUCAAGCCUUGAUUGAAUCAAAUGCUGCACUACAGAUGGAGAGGUACCAGAAUACUGAAGUAACGUUUCUAGAUCACAGUGCAGAGAUAUUCAAAACAUUACACUACCUUAGCAACUUACUGCAAAGUAUCAAGAACCCCCUUGGCACCCGAGAUAAUCCAGCACGCAUCUGCAGGGAUCUGCUUAACUGUGAACGGAAAGUGUCAGAUGGAAAAUACUGGAUUGACCCAAAUAUUGGCUGUCCUUCUGAUGCCAUUGAGGUUUUCUGUAACUUCACUGCUGGUGGCCAGACAUGUUUAUCACCCAUCUCUGUGACAAAGUUGGAGUUUGGAGUUGGAAAAGUGCAGAUGAAUUUUCUUCAUUUACUGAGCUCAGAAGCAACCCAUACCAUCACAGUUCACUGUCUGAACACACCAAUAUGGGGAAUAAAUGAGGCAGGUGCCCAGAAAACAUCUGUUAGCUUCAAGGGAUGGAAUGGUCACGUGUUUAAAGCAAAUACACUAGUUGAACCAAAGGUGCUUCUGGAUGAGUGCAUGAUCCAAGAUGGCAACUGGCAUAAGACACAGUUCUACUUUCACACUCAGGACACUAACCAGCUUCCAGUUGUUCAAGUGCAUGCAUUUCCUCAUCUUAAACCAGGACAACAGCACUUCUUAGAAAGUGGUUCAGUGUGCUUUCUUUGAGCUUCCUGACUCUGCUCUGGUGUAUCAUAUCAUGGUGGAAUUGCUGCAGACAACAAGUAGGGUUUUUUGGGGGGGAAGUUUUAAGAAAAAUGAAUUUAAGCUGAAAUCAUCUUGAAACUGUGGAAGCAUUUUAAAGCAAAUUGUUAGUUGUAUCUUAAAGAAUCUCAGGAAGAAAAAGACUUCCUCCUAAGAAGGAGAAAUGGCAUUUAAAAUAGACUACAACAACAUUGAUAAAAGUAUUUAAUUUUUUAACAUAUUGGCUGGUGCUUUCGUGUACGAUUCCCUGGAACUCAGCACUAUGUACCUGAACAAGAAAUUCUUUGGGACUCCUAGUGUUCUCAACAACCUAUUUAAUAGCACUGUACAAGACACCCUAAGCAAGCUGGAGACAUGCAGUACAAAGGAGCAAUACUGGCUAAUGCUCCCAAAUGUGCAAUAGCUUACAUACGAGAGUAAAUUAUGCCACAGUACAAUAAAGGUUUUUUUUAAAACACAAAGUCAUAUUAUAGUCCUCUGUGGACACAUCAUCUGAACAGAUGGUACACUACCUCUUACGUGUUUCCUGUUUGUGUUGCCUGGUGCUCUUCUUAACACAAGGUGCUUGUGGCUUAAGUAGAUAUUAUUUGAUUUCCUUUUUCUCUUUCAGACUGUAUGUACUGGUUACAUCAAGAUAUGUUUCUGUUGUAAGAGUACCUAUUUUAAAUUGUUGGUCACAUACUUUGUUACAAGGAAAACCAUUAUUUAUGUGAAAUUUUUUGAAUGUUUAUGUUUAUUAUUGUGAAAGUGGCAUGAAACAGCACAUUGUAUAUGGUGCUUAUGGGCUGAACAGCUUUUUUAGCCAUUGUAAAAUUGUAGGAAAGCUGCAUACAGUAGUUUUGGUCUGUAAUUUCUGUACUGCGGUUAACUAUUUUAAACAUCCAACGGCGUCUAGGGGAUAUAUUGUGUAUAUAUUUUGUAACUUGUUGAAAUUUUUAAUGCAGCAUGUCUUAUGAAGAGCUGUUGUUAAAUUAUGAUAAUCAUAAUCAUUUCAGCAACUCAGAAAUUCCAUUUUUCAUGAUAUUAUUGGACAGUUUCAGUUUUAUGUUAUUAAAUUGAGCCUAAACUGUUCAACCCUCAAUUUUGAACAAAAUUACUUCUGCCAUUUCAACUGUAAUUCUAAAAGGCUUUGCAAACACCAUGCCAGCAUCCGUUAUCAAAGCAAUGUUCAUUCAGUAACACACAGCAAAAUUAUACCUCACUGUACUUGAAGGGUAGAGUUUUCAAACAGCAAUUCAUUUAUGCCACGUUUAUCCACAGUAGACCACACUUACCCAACUAUAAUAAAAUGUGCUUCAAAA